AUGGAUGUCAAUCAGGUCCUCACGGGGACGCUUUCGCCAGACGCCUCCAUACGCACACAAGCAGAGACACAACUCAGUCAAGCCGCUGAUGCCGAUUUCCAAGGCUACCUUACCACACUCUCCCGCGAACUCGCAAAUGAGCAGGCUCAACCACAAGUGCGCAUGGCCGCCGGCCUCGCACUCAAAAACUCCUUCACCGCUCGGGACUAUGCUCGCCUAAAAGAGGUGCAAAACCGGUGGCUUACUCAGAUCGACCCGACUGUCAAGGCACAGGUGAAGGACUUUGCACUGCAGACCCUGUCGUCCAGCGAUACAAGAGCUGGACUAUCUGCCGCACAAUUUAUUGCUUCCAUCGCUGCGAUUGAGCUGCCGCGAGAGCAAUGGCCGGAGCUUAUGCGAACACUGGUGGACAAUGUGGGCCAAGGCACGGAUCAGAAGAAGCAGUCUUCACUUACUACAAUCGGCUUCAUCUGCGAAUCUGAGGAUCAAGACCUGCGUGACAGCCUUGCCCAGCACAGCAACGCUAUCCUGACCGCAGUGGUUCAGGGGGCACGCAAAGAGGAGGCGAACGCUGACAUCCGCAACGCUGCCAUCACCGCACUGGGUGACUCGCUUGAGUUUGUUCGGACCAACUUUGAGAAUGAAGGUGAGCGCAACUACAUCAUGCAGGUUGUCUGCGAGGCAACACAGGCAGACGACAACCGGAUACAACAAGGCGCGUACGGUUGCUUGAAUCGCAUCAUGGGUCUUUACUAUGAGAAGAUGCGCUUCUACAUGGAGAAGGCACUCUUUGGUCUUACGAUCCAAGGCAUGAAGAAUGAUGAGGAAGAUGUUGCGAAGCUUGCAGUGGAGUUUUGGUGCACCGUAUGCGAAGAGGAGAUCAGCAUCGAGGACGACAACUCACAGGCUGAGGGUGCCGAGGCGCUCCGACCAUACUUCAAUUUCACUCGUGUCGCCACACAAGAAGUCGUGCCAGUAUUAUUGGAACUUCUCGCCAAGCAGGACGAGGAUGCGGCAGAAGACGAGUACAAUGUGUCCCGUGCUGCAUACCAAGCCGUCCAAUUGUGGGCACAAGCUGUUGGUAGCCAGAUUGUUGCGCCUGUCUUGACAUUCGUGGAGGCAAAUCUACGCAGUGAAGACUGGCACUACCGGGAUGCUGCUGUCUCCGCGUUCGGUGCGAUCAUGGAAGGUCCAGAAGAAAAAGUCUUGGAGCCACUGGUCAAGCAGGCCCUGCCCGUUCUGAUUAGCAUGAUGAACGACAGCUCUGUACAAGUCAAGGACUCCGCCGCAUAUGCUCUUGGUCGCAUUUGCGAGGCCGUGCCGGAUUCGAUCGACCCGAACGAGCAUCUGCAAACACUGAUAGGAGCACUGUUUGGCGGACUCUCCUCGCACCCGAAGAUGGCCGCAUCCUGCUGUUGGGCACUCAUGAAUCUCGCGGACAGGUUCGCAGGCGAGCCAGGAUGUGCAACCAACAAUCUCAGCCCGCACUUCCAGGCAAGUGUGCAACACCUUCUGCAGGUCACGGAGAGCACUCAAGACAAUCAGUUUCGAACUGCAGCAUAUGAGGUGCUCAAUGCUUUCGUCACAAACGCAGCCAACGACUCGGUGCACAUCGUCGCCUCCAUGUCUGAUGUGAUCAUUGAGCGUCUAGCCAAGACUAUCCCGAUGCAACAACAAGUGGUGAGCGUCGAAGACAGGCUCAUGCUCGAGGAGAUGCAAACAAGCUUGACGUCCGUUAUCAUUGCCGUUAUUCAGCGUGUGGAGAAGGAGAUCGCACCACAGGCGGACCGCUUCAUGGAGCUCUUGCUUGAGCUUCUCAAGAGUCUCGGACAGAAGAGCUCAGUUCCCGAUACAGUCUUCGCUGCCAUCGGUGCGCUCGCCAAUGCUCUGGAGGGCGACUUCGAGAAGUACAUGCAGCCUUUUUCACCCUUCCUGCUCAAUGCGCUUAACAACCAGGAGGAGCCACAGUUGUGCGCCAUGGCUAUCGGCCUUGUCUCGGACAUUACGCGUGCUUUAGAGAGCAAGGUACAGCCGUUCUGUGACCAAUUCAUGAACAGUCUGCUCAACAACUUGAGGUCCACAACACUCGGCAAUCAGUUCAAGCCUGCUAUCUUGCAGUCCUUCGGUGACAUUGCUCAGGCGAUUGGUGGCCAAUUCGAGACGUAUCUAUCAGUAGUCGGUCAAGUCUUGCAGCAGGCGGCUGGCAUCUCUACUGCUGGCGAAAAUGUUAGUAGCUUUGAGAUGCUGGACUACAUCGUCUCUCUGCGUGAGGGAAUCGUUGAUGCCUGGAGCGGUAUCAUCAAUGCUCUUAGAGCAGGCGGCAACAGUGAGCUCCUCGAUACACUGCAUGUGAAAACUGCUAACAACAUCACAGCCAAUCUGCUACAACCUUACGUCGAGUCGAUAUUCCAGCUCCUGCAAACAGUCUAUCAAGACCCAAACCGCACGGAGGCUCUUCUCAGGUCGUCGAUGGGUGUAAUUGGUGACAUUUCCGAAGCCUUCCCCAACGGCGAAUGCAGCCAAUUCUACCGGGCAGAAUGGCUUACAAACAUGGCACGCGACACUCGUGCGAACAAGGAGUUCUCGUCUCGUACACAAGACACUGCUAGAUGGGCACGAGAACAAAUCAAGCGUCAAGUUGGUAAGUCAGGAAAACGAGCGGCUGCACGUCCAGCACCAUGGUUGGAUGACCUAUCGGAAUGGCUUUAA